UUCCAAAUCUAACACUGAUCAGCACAUUGAAAAAAAUAUAAUGUUUGACAUGCCUUCCAGCUGUUACACAUAAAAACGUUUAACAGCAAUUAUCUUUUAGAUACAUCUUAGAAUUAAAUAGACACAUGAUUCAAAGAAAUAUGAAUGUAUUAAGUGUGUUGACAUGCAUUUGACAGAUGUUGUUGCAAGUAUUUCUUAUGGUAAUUUUAAAAGGUUAGUAUUUCAAAUGGCUUGGAAUCAAAAGCAGAUUUCAGCAAAUUAUUUUCCUAAUAUCUGUCCUGAAGUGAAAUUUAAUUUUGACUUUGAUCUUCUACAUUGUGUGAAUAGUAAAUUCCACUGCAACAAUUUGGUAGAGUGAAGUUUUGCUUCACAGAUUGAUAUUCCAUCUUCAAGCUUCCAAAAUAUAGAUGUAUCACAGACUGCACAAAAUAUUGCUCUUUUAAAAAAAGCCCUAGAAAAGCAUGGUGAGGCAAUGUUAAUGUCACUGGCAUCUUGAAAACUUCUGUGAAAAGGCUAUUACUUACAAAGAGACUGCACUUAGGUUUUAAAAAAAGCUUGUUUAACUCAAGCUCUUCUAUCUCAAAUGGUCCCUGAUGGUACUACCACAGAGCAGUGUGACUUCUGGAUUAAAUCAACAUGAAAGAAGAUCUCCUUUACAUGAAAGACUAUCUGCUAAAGGAGCUGCUUCUAAGCUGAGUGCUCACCCUUGCUCUCUUCCUGAGCUGUGCUGCAGCUUUACCUGGGUCUUUCCACCUGCCUAGCUGACCUGGACACUGAUCCUGGCUUAGAGAUUGGAAUUACUGGCUUGAUCUUGGACAUGUCUUAUCACUGUGGACACAUCUGGUAUGACUAGACUGCUGGCUGACCCAUCACAAAGCUUCACUGCUAUCCUUGCCCAUAGGAGACUCAGACUGGGUACCUGACAAUCAGCAUCAAGGGAGUAAGGCUGCAAAAUGCAGGGGAGCACCUUCUUCUCAGAUGUUGGCAACCGGAAUGUGAUAUGAUGACAGUGACAGGCUGAUGCCCUGGAUGCUGCUCACAUCAUGGUUCUGCUACGUCACCGCUGCAAUUCCCUUCAUCUGGGAUGACUACAGUGUGCAGAGGAACUUCACUACUCCUCAACCUAUGACAAACACCUCAGCAAUGAGAACAACAUGGAAAGAUAGUUUGGGUUUAGUAAUUCUUCUCUGUAAUGCAAGUACAGCUUUGCCUUUUAUACUGUCUGUUGUUUCUAGUGUCCUGCUGAUUGGGUCUCUGUGGAUACACAGGAGACAGAUGCAAAAUAAUGCAAGUGGCUUCAGGGAUCCCAGCUCAGAGGCACACAUCAGUGCCAUCAAGUCAGUCUGUUCCUUCCUUAUAAUUUACAUAAUAUAUUUUAUUUGUGUGCUUAUCAUCCUUUCCAAAUUUUUCCAAUUUAAGUAAUGGAGACUCGAUCUGUAUAGUUGUAAUGACAGCCUGCCGUACUGGACAAACAUUGGUCUUAAUUUGGAGCAAUCUAUAAUUUCAAGAGCUAGGAUUUGGCACCACAUUAACAGUCAUGUCAGGAAUAUAUCCAAGUAAAAGAUCAUGAUUUAGCCUGGACUUUCUAUUUUAGAUUCAAGUGAAUUAAAAUGAAGUUGUCAGAGAUAUAAAAUAAUAGGCAGUGGAAUGAAUAGAUUAGAGCCAUGAUCUUCAGUCACAAAGACAGGUGAAAAUUUACUUAACUUGGAUAUGAGUCUUGGGUAGAAGAAUUGUGUAAGUUCUGUCCUAGAUACUGUACUUUUCUUGGAAAAUGCCAUGGUUACUCUCUGACAAGAGAAAAAAAAGGCCAAUACUCAGAUUCCAAUAUGAUUCAGUAAAAAAAAAAAGAGCCUUUUCAUCUUCCUUCUCAUGCUGAAGUAAUGAUUACAGCCUGUGCAUUAUUUGUACAUUAGGACUGGUGUUUUGGGGGCCUUCCAGGUGAAGUGGGAGUUUAUUAACUUUUAAAAUAACUGUCACUGAAGCAUAUAUGAUUUAAGCCUUGUGUUGGCUAAGCCCAUCCUGAUUCAAUGUAUCUGGUUUGGAUGUUGUCAAUCUGUUUGAAGCAAUGUACCUGUAAUUCAUCUGAGUCUGUGCCUGAAUUGUUUCAUUUCAAACUUUAAAAAAUACCAAGUCAAAGGAUAACUUCUCUUGAGUCUUCCUUUCCCUCAUGACAGAAACUGUUUCACAGGUGCCAGCAGUGGCUUGCAGGAACAUUUUCCACACCAUUUAACAGACAUGCAGAAAGUUCAGCACAUGGCAAUGUCACGCUGGAGUGGCAUUGUCAGCACCAGUGAAAGGUGCUGGUUCCCAGCUCAGCACCAUGAGACGCCCGUGUUGGGAGCCUUGGGCCAUCCUCUGCCCUUCCCUGCUGUCCCCUCACCGGCCCUCAGGAACAAACCUCAGAGCUCUCUGACCACACCAACAAGCAAAACACGCGGGCUGUGCUCAGCCCACAAGCCGAGUGUGCUGUCCUGCUCCUGGCUGAGCCCUGAGGCACACGGCUGCUCAGCAGGGACACCCUGGACAGCUGCUCCCACACUCUUUGGGUUACGUUCCAUUAUUGCACAUUCCUCACGCACAUGACAUGCAAAAGUGGUGCCUGUGCUAUUUUCCUGCCUCUUUGAGUACUUAAUCUUCCCUCCAAAGCUCCCUUUCUGUGGAAUUAAAUCAAACAGUUACUUGCUCAUUAAUAUGAAUUUGAAAAUCUAAGAGGAAAAGCCAACAAAAAUAUUGGAAUGCACCUCACAGUGUAAAUCUUCAGGAAGAACUUCCUUUCUUCAACUGACCAGCUAAUUAACUAUUGUCAUAUUAAUAAAAUUAUCUUUAAUAUACAUUUUAUACACAAACUACUAAAUCCCUCUGUUUCACUAGAAAAUUAUAAUGUAUAAAUCUCUCCCCACACAAAAAUAAAACAAGACAAAGCUCUUUGCAGUCGAAAUUUAAAAAUAUCUGAUAAAGAAAAGAACUACGCAACUAUUAGAAGAGGCCAUGGCAAGUAUAUCUCUUCAACUCUGGAUAGAUAACAGUGCAAGAAAGGGAGACAUUAUAGCAUCAGACUGAAAAAACAAAUGUACACAUGUAAAGCAGGACAGCAGACACUGCAGAGGAAACCCACAUUGGUAAACACCACAGUUCACCUGCUCCACAACCCUUCCAAAGCAAAUCCCUUCACCAAAAAUGAAAACUAUGUAAUUGAAUCUUGACCCAAUUUGCAUGCUUAAACAAAUCAGCUGACACAUCAAGCCGAAAACAACAUGCAAAAUAGCAGAAAUAUUAAAUGACAUAUUUCUGAGAUAAAUAGGUGAGCUUGUGCCCACAACAGCUCCUUGGGAUUGGGAGUGCCUGACAAAUCUGAGGUUUUCAGGGGCCCAGGUGAAGCUGAGUAAUAACUCUGAGAUCUUGGGUUUCAAUUAUGACAUCAUUUGCUCUCUUUUUUCAAGCAAUUUCUAUAACUGAAUCCAUGGCAGGACUACUAGGAACUGGAAUAAUCUUGGCUGUCAGUUUAUUGAGCUGCAUUAGGGGCAAAACAUGGUCCCCGUAUGAUUUGAUCAUGAUCUCGAUGAGUUCAUCUAGAUUCAUUUUCCACUCCUGGAAUAUAGUGGAUUUGUUCAUUAAUAUAUGGCAUGAACAAUACUAUAGUGAAGAAAGUAGAGGUGUAGUUUCCAAUGCAGCGUAUGUGUUUCUGAACUACUGCAGCCUCUGGUUUGGAGCCUGGCUUAGUGUCUUCUACUGCAUCAAGACUACCACUUUUACACAGUCUUUCUUCAUCUGGCUGAAGCAAAGAAUUGCCAGGCUGGUGCCCUGGAUGCUGCUCACAUCAUGGUUCUGCUCCUUCAUCGCUGCAAUUCCCUUCAUCUGGGAUGACUACAGUGUGCAGAGGAACUUCACUACUCCUCAACUUACGACAAACACCUCAGCAAUGAGAACCACAUGGAAAGAUAGUUUGGGUUUAGUAAUUCUUCUCUGUAAUGCAAGUACAGCUUUAAUACUGUCUGUUGUUUCUAGUGUCCUGCUGAUUCGGUCUCUUUGGAUACACAGGAGACGGAUGCAAAAUAAUGCAAGUGGCUUCACGGAUCCCAGCUCAGAGGCACACAUCAGUGCCAUCAAGUCAGUCUUUUCCUUCCUUAUUAUUUACAUAAUAUAUUUUAUUUGUUUGCUUGUCCUCUUAUGCAGUGAUUUUUUACCUUUUAGUGAUGAGGAAUCUAUCUGUGCAGCUGUAUUAGCUGCCUGUCCUACUGGACACACAUUGGUCUUAAUUUGGAGCAAUCCAAAAUUUCGAGAGCAGCCAGCUAGGAUUUGGCACCACAUUAACUGUCAUGGCAGAACUGCAUCUACUUAAAAGGCAGUGGCUCUGCCUCGUCUUUCUAGUUUAGAUCCAAGUGAAUUAAUUGAAAUCAUCAGAGGUAUAAAUAAUAGAUGU